AUGUCUAUAAACUGGGUUAUGCUCCAUGAAACAGAUGGCUUCGUCCGUUUGCCAAACGAGCGACUGAUAUACACAUCGCCACUUCGCACAACUCUCAGCUUGCAAGCCCUCAAUCCCCGCCCGGGAGACGAGUCGUUAUCUCUUCAAAGCAGCAACGGCCGCGUCCACCUCACGAACCAACGGGUAUGCAUAUCCCUGGAGAAGAUGAAGCGAAAUCAGACGAAAAAGACUGACAACCAGCAGAUUGUCUACCUCCCCGUCCAGCCAACUCCACAGUUUCAGUCAUUUUCGGCCCCGCUCCUGAAUCUCCAUGACACUUUUGUUUCAGCUCCUUUCUUUGGACCAAAUGUGUGGUCCGCGAUCGUUCAACCAGUUGUCGGAGGCGGUAUUCCACCGUCAAAUACAGCCGUUCAGGUAAAGAUGACCUUUAAGGAGGGUGGUGCCUUCGAUUUCCAUUCCGCCUUUGAGCGGAUCAAGGAACGUUUGCAGCAAGUGGUCGAGCAAGCUCGGGAGAACGGAAUGAUCUCUGAAAGAAGUUCGCAGCGUGACGUUGCCUACAGCGGAGUCAACUUUACUAAUGUCCACCUCGACGAACUCCCGGCCUACGAGGGCCCAAGUCCAACAUCAUCUUCCUACCCCCCGCCAUUCUCCGGAUGCUCGAAUCCGGGCAAUGACCUGCACUCCAGCCAGAAUACACGGCGCACCCCGCAUGAGGAGAGAUUCGAUCCGCCUACGGAGCCGCCUCCAGGCUAUGAAGAAGCCCAACAGCAGGGUGUGGCCAAUGACCUUGAGGCGCGACUUCUUGCUAUAAGCCAGACAGACUCUCGGCGCGGAGAUACAGAAAUUCCACCACAACCAAUCAAGUGUCCUGGAAUUGCAAUCAGCCAAUCAGACCAGCGCAUCCUGCCGAUUGAGUUAGUCAGGAAAUCCUCAGGACUUCACAAACCCGAACAAACCUGCACAACACACGCCAGCCCCAACAUCCGGAGACCUCUUCCACCUCGACUAAUUCCACCGUUAGUCGCUGUCGAACCCCUGACGACGUCAAUUGGACUUCUCCGGCGCGCACGCACACCCGCCUACCCGCCCCCCUUCCUCUUCCCCGCCUUCCCGAUUUCCCGCCGUCACACAUUGACAACAAUGGGUCUCUCAGAACUUUUCGCUGACUUCGUGAGCGCCGUCAGCUUCACGGAAGUCCAGGCUGAGGCACCACCCACCGAAGAGGAGACUCCCGCUCCUCCUGCCCCGGAACCUGAGGAGGAAGACCCACCUGCCGAAGAGGCAGAAGAGGAAGAAGAAGAGGAGGAGGAAGAGGAGGAGCCUGAGGACAUUCAGCCCAAGUUGGAGGCCGAAUGCGCAAACUCCAAGCAGUGCGCCCCAUAUAAACACCACUUCGAUGAGUGCGUUGAGCGGGUUACCCGGAAUGCCGAGGAUCCUGACUUCAAGGGACCCCAUGAAGACUGCGUCGAGGAGUUCUUCCAUCUCCAGCACUGCGCAACCCAGUGCGCAGCCCCCAAGCUCUGGGCCGCCCUCAAAUAGAUAUCCACCUACGGUCCAUCUACCUUCCUCCCUUCCGUCCAUCCCGGAAAUAUUCGAGCAACUCACCUAGAGGAUUACUUUCCGUUUUUGCGAAUUAUCCCCGAAUCGCAACGGUGAGGGUUCGCGAACAGAAGUUGGAUAUGAACCCAACGCCUCAAUAUUUUCAAGAUGGACUGAUGAGAGAAGAUGAAAGUGUAUACAACUGGAGCCAAUGAAAAGAAAAAUUAGAAAAAGAGAGAUAUCAAUACGAAUAAUGCCAAAUUCCGCAACGGGCUCACUGCCUCCUUGUUUAGCCCGGCCUCUUUUGCGUGUGUAUCUAUCAAGUGGAGUGUGAUGUGUACGUGCAUGAUAUGUAUCUUUUUAGAAGUCUUGUCUUCUUUCUUUGAUUUCCCUUGCCCUUUUUUUUGGCAUUUCAUCAUUUUUGUUUUCAAUUCCGCCUAGACUCUCCCAAAUUAUGUACAGAUGU